CACCUGCCAUGCCUGUCAACCUUCUACUCUUCCUCUUCCUCCCUGUGUGUCACGGUUGCCACACUGGCUCCUUCACCGACUGCCAGAAGGUUCAGUUCGUCCCCGGCCACAACCUGGCCGGAGAGGGUUUCGACAUCGUCAAGAUGCAAGAUGCAAGAUGCGCCUUUGUGGUGGAUGUGCAGAAGUUCAUGGUAGAUGGGCACGACGGUAACUGCACCCUGUGCAUCAACACUCUGAUGAACAACCAGGUCCAGAAGUUGCCACUCUCUGUAAUGGACUGGCGCACAAAGGUGACAUGUCGUCGGAUCAUCAGCAGCAAGAUGUACGAAUCAAGCAGCUCCGUUCUGAAGGAGACCACUAACUCUGCCAGCAUCAGCUGGAAGGUUGGCCUGGGAUUCAAGGGCAUUGCUGGGGUUGCUGUUGGAGGCACACACUCCAAGACUGCCAGUUCGCCAGAGGCCACUCCACCAAAGAUAAGUAAUCUUUCACCAGCCAUGAAUUCAAAUGCAAAUAUUACACAUGAGUCAAGAUUUUGAUUUUAGUGUCAUAGGAUGUAAAUUGAGGUGGUCUAAAGCCAAAAAACAACAACAGCUAAUUAUAUAAAAUGUGUACGGAAAAAAACGGUGUUCUCCAUGUUGUUGAAGUUGUUUUCAUUCAUCAUACCUCUCUCCCUGUCCUUAGCUUCCGCCUACGAACCCAACCUCCCCUGAGCCAGGAGUUUCAGGACUCCCUAAAAAACCUCCCCAGCAUGUAGACUCACAAAACCGACCCCGCCUACCGCCACUUCCUCUCCAUCUAUGGCACCCACUACAUCCGCAGGGUGCACCUGGAGGGCCGGGUGCACUCCACCACAGCCGUACGCACCUGUAAGGUGGCCAUGAGCGGCCUCUCCCUCCAUUCUGUCAGAAACUGUCUAGGGGUGGAAGACAGUGGCACCAUCAACGGUGUCACGAUCAGCGCUGAGACCAUGUACUGCAAGUCCCAGAGCAAAAAAACUCAAGACAGGCCAAAGCUUCGGAGCCACCUUCUUGGACCGUGUCACCGAAGUGCAGGGCGGCAACGUCGAGGUUGCGGACAUCCUCUUCAACCCCGACAAGAAGUCUGGCUACAAAACCUGGCUGAAGUCCCUGAAGAAGGUCCCUGCUGUGGUCUCCUACCAGCUCAGCUCCCUGCACUUCCUGGCCAGAGACAACCCCAUCCUCAAGGCCAACCUGCGCAAUGCCAUCAGAGACUACAUCCAGAAGUACACUGUGUACACCUCCUGCCCGUCUGCUUGCAAGAUGGGGAGACGCAACAAAGACUGCGUCUGUAAGUGCAGCGGUCACAGGAACGUGGUCAGGAUGAAUGUGACGGUGGUCCGAGCUACGGGGCUCUGGGGCGACUACUUCUCUAAGACAGACGGCUACGUCAAGGUCUUCUAUGGAAAGCAAGGCGAUUCCACUCCUGUGAUCUGGAACAAUGACUUCCACUACUGGAACUACAGGAUUCAGUAUGGAACGGUGGAUUUGAAAAGUAGUUUUUUCAAUUUUUUUGUUAAAUAGUCAGAUCCGUCUCUUGAGGGUUACUAUGCAUAGGCUUCCUGUACAAAGGAAUAAGUGGAGCAGCAAGACAUAUGUUAAGGGUGUUUUGGGAUCUCCAGGGUAGUUUCCAGUUUGCUAAUUUUGCUCCCUAUUCUAUAAAACCUUGUAACAGUAAAAAAUAUAUUUAAAAAAUAACAUUUUGCCAGCAUUGUGAAUAUAUUGUGUAUUCCCACUGCUCUUACUUAGAGUUCUUUGUCUCGUUCACCCACUCUCUGUGUUACUUAACAGAGCCUUGCACAUUGAGGUGUGGGACCGCGACAACAGAUGGAACAAUGACCUGCUAGGAAAGGGCUCCAUAACCCUUCGAAGGGGCAUGAACGUCAACCAAAGGUUCAAGUUGAAACACGGCACACUUUAUGUCUCCCUGUCUGUGGUUUGCGGCCCCAGCCUUAAAGGAGCCUUCUGUGAUCAAUAUGCCCCCUCGCCUGGGUCCCAGGGUAGGCUGAGUUACGUCCAUGACUGGGACAGAGAGACAGAG